UUCCUAACGGCUCCCGCUGCCGCUGCUGGUUGUUGGUUGUUGGCUACAUUGUAUCAGUUCCCACACGAAGGAGAAGGAGAAGAAGCAGCAGCACGGCGCUCAUCCGCGGAGAAAACGGAGGAAUUAACCUGGAUGGGAAGCUAUUCACUGUGCGGGAUUUAUUUGCCAGUAAAGGUUCGCGGUGGCGGAGAGUGACUGAGAGGGGAGAGGGGGGGGACAGCACCGAUAAAAAUGCCCUCCGGACUCCUCCGGUUGUUUUCGCUGUGGACGGCAGAAGUCCAGUGAAUCUCUGGCCUCCCCUCCUCUCCUUGUGUUGGGUGUCUUUUGGGGGGAGUGCGCUGCUGCCUCUUUGGUUUCUAGUACUUUAAGAGUUUUUUUUUUAUUAUUAUAAUUCAACUGUUUUUGUUUGUUUCUAAUGGACUGCACACCACCAUGGACAGAGGGUUUGGAAUAGGAGUGGCUAUCUGAGUCGGACAAAAUGUGGAUAAAUGGGACAGGAACGAGUAGACCGUGAGGAUUCUCUAACCCUUGCCCCUGAGUCCAAACCGUCUGAGAGGGUGUCGGACCUCACUGAGGCAAACCUGGGCCGUUGGCACUAAAAUGUCCCUAAGUGGUGGCACUGCAGGCGGGAAAGGUGUGGACUCUAAUGCGGUGGACACUUAUGACAGCGGGGAUGAGUGGGAUAUCGGUGUUGGAAAUCUGAUUAUUGACCUUGACGCUGACUUAGAGAAGGACAAACUUGAGAUGUCUGGCACGAAGGACGGCAUGGCGGCACCACCCAGUGCAGUGGCAGCGUUGCCUGACAACAUCAGGUUUGUUAGUCCAGUGUCUGGCUCUCAAGGUAAAGAAAGCAAAUCCAAAUACAAGCGCAGUAAGAACUCUAAAGACAAUAGUAGCAAAGCUUCAGCAGGAGAUGGGGGCAAAAAAGAAACAACAGGACGGACUCAAGGCGAGCCAACAGCAGCGAGCGCAGGAGCUGCUGGCAACAAUUCCACCUCUGGAAAGAACAUGGAAAAAGGGGGCAAAGCCUCCAGAGGUGUACUGAGCGGUAAAAAAGAGAAGGAAGGGGCUAGCGGGAAAAGUAAGAAGGACAAAACAGAUGGAGCCCCAGUCGUAGCAAUAGCUGCUGCGGAGAAGGAUGUUGUGUCUCAAGCCCAAGUUGCUUUGGGGAAUAGCCGUAAUGCGUCCUUUGAGAACACACAAUCAACAGACUUGGCAGAAGCCAAUCAAAUGGGGAAUAUUGCACUUGAACCUGUUGGGAUAGUACCAGCAUUGACCACAAAAACUGAACCAGAGGAGGUGGAGAAUGGUAAUAGUGAAUGCAAGACGCUAAAGAAGGUGAAAAAUGAAAAGAUGGAAUCUCCUGUUUCCACGCCAGCCCCUCCUCCCCUCCACCUCCUGGCCACAGUAGGCAACAGUGAGAUUGCCUCGCCAUGUGAGCAGAUAAUGGUGCGCACACGCUCGGUGGCGGUGAACACAUCCGACGUGGCGCUGGCGACCGAACCUGAGUGCUUGGGGCCUUGCGAGCCCGGUACCAGUGUCAAUCUCGAAGGCAUCGUGUGGCAGGAAACUGAAGACGGCAUGCUGGUGGUCAAUGUUACCUGGAGGAACAAGACAUAUGUGGGCACCCUGUUGGACUGUACACGGCAUGACUGGGCUCCCCCCAGCAGGUUUUGUGAAUCUCCUACUAGUGAUCUGGAGAUGAGGAAUGGCCGCGGUCGAGGUAAGCGAAUGAGACCGAACAGCAACACCCCUAUCAACGAGAACAGCAACUCAUCAGACAACAAGGGCACCACCAACAACAAGACGCGUGCCGCGUCUAACAGCAAGGGCCGGCGGGGCAGCCAGACGCCAUCAGAGCGCCGCACCCCACCUAACAGCAACACAGAGGACAUCAAGGCCAGUCCUUCCUCAGCUGGAAAACGCAAGACCAAACCAGCCUCAGACAUGGAGCCCAAUUCCAGCUCAGAGGACACCAAAGGCAACAAACGUAUGAGGACAAACUCCAACAGUGGCGGGGCGGGACCAACAGGUCUCCUUAUCCCUUCAAUUAAGACUGAGCCACUUCCACCUCCCCUUGAUCGUAGCUGCCCCUCUCCGGUUCUUAUUGACUGCCCACACCCUAACUGCAACAAGAAGUACAAGCACAUCAACGGUCUCAAGUACCACCAAGCCCGUGCCCACAAUGAUGAUGACAUAAAGUUGGAUUUAGAUGGAGACAGUGAAUAUGGAGAGGACUCAACUCUCCACCCUGAACCAGGGAACUGUAACGGAGCCUCUAUCUCUCAGAAAGGAUGCUUGUCUCCAGCACGUUCAGUUACUCCAAAAGGCAGGAACUUUGAUGCUCAGAGUCCUUCCCCAUCUCCUGGCAAGUUUGGUUCAAAGCAGAGUAAAAAGAAAAUUGCUGAGACAGAUCCGGAAAUGGGAGGUACGCCAACGGACGGAUGUGAGGAUGGGCUUUGCCUCACUGAUGAGGCCAGUAACGAUGGUUUAGAUGAUAAGAGGGGAUCAGACAAAUCCAAAAAGGGUAGCACUGGCUCAAAGGCAGAUAAAUUGGCCCAGAAAAACAUGAAGUCACCAAGGCCCAUGGGCCCUGGCACUACAGCUUCCCAGCAGAUGUACUCUUUUCCUCCUGGAAACCCAAAUUCUUCCCCGGGACUUACCCCGAUGAUACAAGGAAUCCCCAAGAGUCCCCAAAUGAAAGGCACCCAGCCUAAACCGCCUGCCAUUGGAGAUCCUGCCUCAGGUAGCUCCAAAGACAAGAAGAAGAAAGACAAGAAGAAAAAAGAUGGCGGGAAGGACGCUGACAGCCCCAAGCCUCCGGGAAAGGGGGGUAAACUGGAGGAAGGGAAGCCUCCAUACGCUGAACCUCCUGAUCAAGGAAAUAAAGGGGAAGGACUCCUAAAUGGUUCCUCAGAUCCUCAUCAGAGUCGCUUGGCCAGUAUCAAGGCUGAGGCUGAUAAGAUUUACAGCUUUUCUGACAAUGCCCCUAGCCCGUCGAUUGGUGUAGCCAGUCGAAUAGAUGGCACUGGAAUGCCACAGCCUCUCACACCACUUCACGCGGUGAACCAGAAUGGUGCUGACAACUCUUCUGUCAAAACCAAUAGCCCAGCAUAUUCAGACAUUUCAGAUGCUGGUGAGGAUGGUGAAGGGAAACUAGAAGGCGUUAAAGUCAGGACAGAGGACCAAGCCAUCAGGGAAAGUGUCAAGAAAGCACUCUUUCCAAACCAGACACCCAGCAAAGAUUCCCCAUACUAUCCAGGCUAUGAGGCAUAUUACUCACCAAAUUAUGUCAACCCCAGUCCUGGCGGGCCCAAUCCAGGCACGCCAGUGGCUGAAGGUCAGGUUAAGAUCAAAAAGGAUGAUGAUCAGGACCAAGGUGAGGAAAAAAUCAAGGUUGAAGUUCAUGAAGACCGCAAACCUGACAUUAGUGCUCCUGGCCAGCAACAACAGCAGCAGCAGCAACAGCAGCAACAACAGCAACAACAACAACAGCAACCCUCAGUCAUCCAACAGCGCUCCAACAUGUACAUGCAACCUCUUUACUAUAACCAGUAUGCUUAUGUUCCCCCAUAUGCAUACCACCACGAUCAAGCAUACCAUAACCACUUGAUGAACACCAACCCAGGCUACCGGCAACAGUACGAAGAGCGGCAGCGACAGAUGGCUGAACAGCAUCGUGCUGCUGAGAAGAAGUCAGACGUAGCCAUAAAAGAGCGAGAGGCCUCCAUGAAGGAGGAGUGGAAACAAAAGAGCCCGAUGCCACCGAGCCUCUCCAAAGCUCCAAGUCAGUCAGAUCUUGGAAAGACGCCGCAGCCCCCAAGCAAAUCCAGGGACUCCCCCUCUGAGCCCUCCUCUAAAUCCUUGGGAAGCAUAAAGGGGGAGGACUCAAAGUCCCAGCAAGCUGAGGGGCUGAAGAUGAAGCUGACUGAAGGGGGCCACCAUGGGAAGGAAGACUCCAAGCAAGCACUGGAGUCUAGAGGUCAGGCAGGGAUGGAGCAGGCCAUAUGGUACAGACAGCAGUACCCUGAGAGCCAGAAGCCCCAAGUGGAAGAUGAACACCAGCAACAACAACCUCGAUGGAAAGAUGAAAGGGACAGAGAACGGGAACGAGAUCGUAAAUUAAAGGAAGACAGGCCCAGGCUCAAGGACAGUCAAAGUGGGCCCAAGGAGGACAGCAAAGAGGGUGGUGACCCCAGAAUCACUUCUGAGGACCACCGGGCCAUGAGCAAAGACUCUCGUUCUAAUCCCCACAUGCAGUUCUCAUCACCACUAGCACAGCACCAAGGCUACAUGCCCUAUAUGCAUGGUUACCCCUAUGGACAAGGCUAUGACCCCAGCCACCCUGGAUACAGGGGCAUGCCUACAGUCAUGAUGCAGAAUUACCCAGGUUCAUACCUAUCUGGAGGCUAUCCGUUUUCUCCAUACGGCAGUAAAAUAGCCGGAGGUGAGGAAGGCAGCGACAAAUCCCGCGCUAGCCCCACCGUCACCAAAACAGCAACGGACUCCAAAGCCCUGGAUAUCCUGCAUCAGCACGCCAGCCAAUACAAGAGCAAAUCCCCCACAGUAGCUGACAAGCCACCCCACGACCGGGAGCGGGAGCAGGACAGAGGAGCAGGUGGAGACAGAGAUCGGGAAAGGGAGCGCGAGAGGGAAAGAGAAAGAGACGUGGACCGACCACGAUCUUCACCCUCCCAGCGCAUCAUGCCCUCUCACCACCACCUGAGUUACCCCCUGCUCUCAGGGCAAUAUGACCUGUCCUACGCCACAGGUCUCUCCUCAUCAGCUAUUGUUGCCAGCCAACAAGCAGCAACCCCCUCCCUCUACCCACCACCACGGAGGUGAGAACGGGAAACCUGACCGUCACACCUCAACCCUGCAAAGAUUCAUGUGACUGGCUCACAUGAGAAGAAAAUCUCCCGGGUGUUACCUUUUAGACAUCAGUUGAAUGGUGUUUCUAUCUAUAUUUUUAGUUGUUGUUUUUUCUGCCCAAAGGCGAGGCAGAUUGUUGAUGUUUUUUUUGUUUUUUCCUCCCCUCGUAAAUGACCCCAAAAUUUUUCCAGACCUUGGACUGUAACAGGACUGAUAAUAACCCAGGUUCAAAGCCAUCACUCUGCCUCAUCACGCAGAGGAAACACCAACCCGCUGAUCAUCUAGUCUUUGCACUGUCAACAAAUACAAUGCAAAAAGAGACUAUUGGACUGCCAGAACAGCUUUUUUCUUGCUGUCUUUUCUUUUUUUUUUUUCUUUGACUGCAUUGGGGUUUUUUUGUCACAUGCAGAAAGAAAUUGGCAGGGGAUGUUUGGGUUGCUGAUGGGAAAAGGGGAGUCAAACUAAAUUAAAGACUGAAAAAAAAAGUGAAUCAUAUUGAAAUGAUUUCAACUCUAUGUCUUUGGCUUAUCGUAUGCCGUGAAACAACAGUAUAUCCUUAACUUGACAAAUGUUUGGCUAUAUUUCGAGGGAAGAGGGAAUAUGGCAACAGCUGCUUUCUUCAGAGACUUAAAGAGCCUGAGACUGAAGUUUGUUUUUUUUGUUGUUUUUUUCAUUUUCCAUCAUCAUUGUUGAUUCCCAUCCUCUUCGAACCCUCAGUUCUUGUUUCAGGGAUGAUGUCGUCAUGUUCUUUUUUUUUGCGAAGGGACCGCACACACCUCAACGGAGAAUAAACACUAUUCAUGUUUUUCUUUUUCUUUUUUCUCAGUAAUGCUCCAUAUCAUUGUGUUCAUCCUUGAAUGUGUCUGACGCUGGUAUGAGUCCUGUUUUUUCCUCAAAGGGUCUGUCUUUUUAACACUCACACUCAAAAAACGGUGAAGCCACAUUAGCAAGCGACCGGGCAUUUUUAUUUUCCAUCGCCAUGUUAGGCCACUGCAUUUCUGGUUGGGUUCAUUUUGGUGUUUUACUGUAAGACUGUGCUUCGUUUCAGCUCAAGUUUGAUUGUUUUCUGUAAACAAUGUGAAAUCUCACUCAGCUCAUGUAUUUCUCUGCUGUAAUAUAGACUUUUAGCCUACUUCUGUGUGCAAAAAUGUUUAUAUUUAUCCCAGCACCAACUGUUAAAUAGCUUCCGGCCCUCAUAGCGUUUUAAACAUUACGUGCGCAGAUCAUUAAUGCUACCUAAACGUCUCACUGUGAUCCUUCUUUGGCCCAGCUUUGCUUGUCUUCUGUUUGUAGUAUAUUGACUCAACACAUCACAAGCUUGACUUAUUCCAACAUGCAGUGCACAGUUAGCCUGGUAUCAGACCUCUGAGUCGCUGCCCACAUCUCAGAUCUCUUUCAGCGAUUCAGUGAGAUUAAAACAAAACGUCUGAUUUUUUUUAAAUUUUAUUUUUUUAAGCUCUUGUGCACCGUCAAAAGUUGAUCUAUCAGUGCUUCGCUUGCUUGUGUGGUUUCACCCUAACACACACUCACCUCGUACAGUUGUUAGCAUGUUGUUUUUUUCCCCUUCUAACCAGUGGCUAAAGCUUCGGAUCAAACUGGGGCGACGAGUCGUCGAUGCGUCGGACACCGGUUUGCUUUGUUCAGUCGCUGCCUGUGCUCUAUAAGGUCAACUACUGGUACAUUAAAACAUAAGUGCAUGAAAUGACCCAAAACAUCUUUCAGCUGUUACGAUUACAGAGCAAACAUGAACCAAUCAGAUGCAGACGAUGAGCCUGAAUGAGGAAAAAAAAAUAAAAUGAAAUGAAAGGUGAGCCAGUGAGGAUCGUGGAGCAAAAAUGCAUGGAAUGAUCACACACACAUCUGAAUGAAAUAAUGAAGUUGGCCAGUCAGCUUGAAAAGAAGCACGUUACUCAAGGCUUUUUUUUUUCUCUCUUUGGAUCUCAAACUGGUGGUGCCACUCAAAAAAAGCAACCGUCAACAUGGCCUGUUGUAUCAGAAGGGGGCCCUCUUUGGCUUUAAAUUACACUUCUCUCAUACCUCAGGGGUUGUAAGUGAAAUCUAUCCGUACGCUGUUUGCAUCGAUUUCAGAGGGUUUCUGUUUAUGGAUGUGAAGAAGGAGGAGGUAAAAAAAAAAAAAGGCACAUUUUCUGCUGUGAGCUGGAAGUGCUGUGUUCAGAAAUGACGAAUUGGGCUCAGGAUAUGGAGUUAUUAAAGGUUCUAACGCCACACCGUGCUGUUGUCGGGUUGCUGAACAGUCUUUAUGUUUUUCUAAAGCAUUAUAAUGAAUAGAAUAUUGACCGUGUUGUCAUUAAAUUUUAUUGAUUUUGAUUUUACAGUCACUUUUAAUGUUCCCAUUGUUGUAGUGUUUUUUGUUCUCAUUUAAUAUGUUCAAGUCCAUAAACCACCAGGUAAUCUCACCUCUAACACCCUCUGACGUUAGAUGUUCGCUUCUUUGUUGACUUCGAUCAUGAAACUGCAGCUCGGUUCUUUUUUUCUUUUUCUUUUUAAGGUUCUUGGACAUUCCCAGUAAAUAAGUUGCCAGUUUCUUGUCCCAUGGAAAAAGUUUGCAGGAUGGUCUAUCUUCUUUUUUCUUUUUCUUUUUUUUGACCUUUUGAGCAUUUUAAAGAAGAAUGGCUGACGCGAAUAAGCUGAAUGUGGUGGUGUUUGACUUGUACUUAAUCUGUAAGGGUAAUCUAGGCAGCUGUGAUGUUGUCAUUAAAAAGUCCGUGGGUUUUAGUACCAGCAGACUGCAUACAGUACAUAUAGUUUUAUCAGACAAUGGUUGUGACAAGUGCAUUUGUUCUCUCUCUGAGAGUAGUAAUGUUAUCUCAGUAGUAAGCAAAGCCCAGUGAAAAUCAUAUAUACUAAAGUGUAUGAAAAGCCAGAAAAGUAAUGUUUGCUAUCAACAUAUUGGAAAGUGCUUGGCUCUUGUAUGUUGCAGGACUGUAUUUGUUUCAUGGUGAAGAGUAUAUUUAUUGGCCAGCAGUUGUCUCAAUUGGUGCCUAGUUGAACAUUCUUCUGUGAAAAACGCAGAGACACUUGCUCGUUUGUCUUUUCUUGACCCACCUACUGUCACGCGACCCCACCCGCCCCCUUGGAACCCCCCCACAUACCAACCCCAACCCCAACCCCAACCCCAACCCCAACCCACCCCCAAAAAAAGUACCAGUUCUGGUGCUUGCAAGGAUGUUUACAAUGUCUUCAUUUUCUUUCUGUGUGAGAAAAUUCAGAUCUCUUCGCCCUCUCCUUUCUCCCGCCCUUCAGGAGUUUGUGUAAAGUGUACAUUACCAUGGUUCUUUUUUAUACAAUACUCUGUAACUUGCCUUUGUAAAUUUGGGCUGGAAAAAAAUAAAUCUUUUUA